AUUCUACUUGUCCCCCCGGAAAAGUGAGAGUCCUUGCUUCACCGUCCUCGACAAUUCGAGCUCGGUAUCGACAUAUCGAGGACGGUUUCCCGAGGUCGAUUAGUUCAUCGAGGCCGGUUGAUAUAUCGACUUCGAUAAACCCGUAUCGAGCUCGGUUUCCCGAGGUCGAUUUGUUUAUCGAGGCCGGUUGACAUAUCGAGCUCGAUAAACUCGUAUCGAGCUCGGUUGCCCAGAAAACUAAACUGAUCCGAAAUUUAUUGCAUUUAACACCUCCAGAACACGUAUAGAGUUGAUGUAGUGGUUUACGAAUGGCAAUCCCUCACGAGGUAUUAGCUUAUGGUUGGAUACCUUUCACAGUUGUCUUAGUGGUGAGUUGAAAGCUUUUUUUACUUCAGCUGAUGUAGGACUGACGUCGAUCGUCGUCGUUGAAAAUCCAUGUUGGUAGCUGCAGGCUACUAGCAUUUCGAAAAACAUUACAUAAUUUUAUUUUUUACUUUACACAACAUAUACCUCUUAACAGCAUAUUACUAAAAAAGAGUGUAGUAUAUUAAUAGUAAUAUUGCGAGCUCAAUGGUAGAAAGCUCAAGCAAUUUUUGUUUUGUGCAAUACAGGAAGCAACAGGACAAUAAUUGCACGAUGACGUCAUUUUACUACAACUACCAGAAUCCUUGAGUUUGUUGUUUUCUUGUGCAAAUUAAGGCUGUUGUUCUUUAAUCCUCAGCCGGAUUGACAAAUUUAAAUAACAAAGCAAAACCAAAAUGAAUUCUGGUAGUUGUAGUCAAAUAUCGUCAUCGUGCAAUUGUCCUAUUAACUCCAAAACAUAGGGAGGGUAAAUGAACUCUUUCGGUCUGACAUACAUAGCAAAAGUCACAGAAACUCUAUUGUCUCAGAAGCUCUUUGUCUCAGCCAAUAAAAAUUGAGAGUCUUCCUUUAAUGUUAUUAGUAAAAGUUGGCUACAUUGGCUUCUGGUAAUGUUGCAGAUGAUUUUAAUAAUUAAUAGGCUUUCAUUAUUUUUAGGGGACUGUCGCUUUAUAGAGGAAAAAUCUUACUGAAUGCACGUGCAAAAUGACAAGUUUAUGUGACAACGUGACGAAUGUAUACGCCAAAUGCCUAAAAUCCAUCAAAUUACAAAGAAAUGUUCCAAAUGCAAAAUUCAUGGUUGGUGGAUAAAAGAUGCUUUCAGAAAUAAUUUUGCUGUCAUUUUGCUGCUGCACUUAUUUAGAACAACAGUCCCCUAAAAGUGAUGACAGCUCACUAACUGACAUUUUUUGCAAUUGUUCACUGGCAUAAAAAUUAAUUUGUUUUUCUCUGCUUGUUAUCCAGAUGAAUACAUAUAUGUGAGAUUUGCAGUAGUAACUAGUUAGUUGUAAUUUAGCCUGAGAAAACACUAACAUUUUGCAACAAUACCACUGUUUUUCCUGCAACAUGAUGUCUGAGAAACACUUGAGCCAGAAAUUCCAUACUGAUCAUGCAUCACUACCCAGAUCUAGUUAAAGACUCAUCAUCAGUAACAAAUUUCUGCAUUCAUUUCUCAGACAUCAGUUUGGAGGGAAAACAGUGGUGGCAUCCCAAAAAUUAAUGACGGCAGUUUUCUUAAGCUACUACUGUAGUAAUGUUAUUGUUACCAUUUUGUUUUACAUUGGCAGCUGAUCUUCAUUUUUUCCUGGUUCUACAUUCGUUUCUAUCAAGACCAUGCCCAGUCAGAAGUGUCCUCCACGCUGACAGCUAUUGUGGCUCUUGCUAUCACAUUGCUUACAACUGCACUUGUUCCAGUUGACAUUUUUCUUGUAUCGUACAUGAAGAAUGAUGAUGGAACUUGGAAGGUAUGAACUUUUUUAACAUCAAGGUCAACUAAGUCUUAAAGUUCCAUGUGAAUCUGGCACUUUAUCUUAAGUCAUUUUUUUCAGUUGGUGGAUAUAUUUGGCAAAACAGUUUCAUUAAAUGGGACAACAAUAAAUAGUUAGCAUAAGUGUCUGGGUAAGGAAGGAUCAUGCAUUGUGGUCAAACUAUAUUAUCAAAUUGCUAAACUCCAGGGUGAGUCACUUCAAAGGGUUACUGUGGUGGUAACACAAAAAGAUACACAAAAGAAUUCUUUAAAAAUCCUGUAUUCUCUGCAUAAACUUUAUCAAUUGUGCAAAAGAAUUUCACAAGGUAGCUACAGAUGCCCUCCUUGGAUGGAAGAUUUGGGAUUGUGUUUGACUGUAUGUAAAGUUUACUGUUACCCUUGCUGAGGGGGUCGGCAGUGAAAUAAUCAAUAAUUAAUACUUCUUUAAAGGUGGCUAUGUAUUUUGUCUUAAAAUAUGCAUUGAAUGCUAGAAGGUAUCAAAGCUGCUAGCCGCGGGGUACAUGGUAGGCAAUGAAUAAUAUUAUAUUAUGUAUUCUUUGCAGUUUUUUUCCAAUUGAAAGUGCAAAUUCAAGUAAAAGUAUCAUUAUUUCAUGUUACAUUAAAUAAAAAUGAAAGGAUGCAAAUAAAAAUGCUUUAUAUGAUUCAUAGUCGAUUUAAUUUCAUUAUUAUGAUUGUUAAUGUUAAUUUUUAGGAAUGGAGUGCUGAUGAAUCUGUAAGAAAUGACUUUGAAAAGAAUACUGUUGCAGUUGGUUAUUAUGGUAUGUACAUUGUAUCCACAUUGUAUCCAUUUUGAUCAGUAUAUCUUAUGAACUGAAACCUGCCAGUGGCCUCCUCACAUCGACCACAUCAAAGCUUCCAGUUGCUAAUGAUGUGGUGGAGUUUCUUUUCAUGUAGACUGCUGUAUUACAUUUCAAAAGGCUUUUUAAAUAAAGUUAAAUAAAAUAUUUAUUUAACACAGUUAACAAAAAGGAACAUGGUCGUGGUCAGUGGUCAAUCGUUUGGCUCAAGCAUGGUCAGCCUUGCUUGCAUCACCUCCAUGUGCUCAGUAAAGUGUUUUCCUAGCAGCCACUCUCUCCACCGAUGAAUCAGUGUGACAGGUGCCUGGUUCCAUUGGUGUGGGGGCUCAUGGCUGGAGGGCGUGGGUUUGCCAGCCAUGGGGGCGUAACUCUUUCUAGGUGCUGGCUGUGCCAUAGGUGGAAGCCCCUGGACGUCUCAGGCACCCACCUCAACUGGUGUGCAGUUUUUAAAUAGUAAAAAAAGAAGUCAUAUUAUAACUUCUUGGUGUCUACCUUAUCUAGUCUUUUUAGGGCUUCAAAAAACCUUGAAUAUCAGCACAAUUCUUGUAAUUAAUCUGCUUGCCCAAGGUUAUUGAAUGCAUGACCUAGUUUAUGGUUACCUUUAAGCCCCAAGAUCCACAUACAAAUUCUCCAGACUGAUCUCCGUACAUUUCCUUUUGAGAAUAUUUGAGAGAAUUUGGUUUAAGAUCAAAGUUUUCUCCCUUUGGUAACUAAUUUGGGAAUUCUCAUAACCUUUACUCUUUAUGAUCUGCUGAUGUUGUUAGGACAAAAUUGAUGUUGGUCACCCUUGGGACUUAAUAAAGGGUUAAGUUAAAAGGUGACUUGCCUUGCCCAUCGCCUGUGGGCAAGUGGGCAAUCUAUAUGAUGCAUGCAAAAACUAGUUGUCCUAGAUGACCAAAUGGGUACUUUUUGGAAACUUGCUUUUGAAUGGUUCCUAUAGACGGUGGUAAUCCAGAUCUGGAUUUGCUGGGUUUGAAUUUACGAUCUCAUUGGCACUACCCCUCUGCUGUCGAUGGUCAUCUUCAAGUUCCUUGGUCUUUUUUUGCAUAUGGAGAAGUAUGAACCCACUAAACUAUGAGUUAAAUGAGCCUACCCACGGGAGAAGAUCUCCAAUUAGACUCAGGCUUUUAGUCAGACAUUGAAAACUGGCCGUCCAGAAGGCAUGUUUUCUUAUAAAAUUAUAAGAGAUUAAGUGAAUUAUCCUUGUUUUUCUUCCAAAAUGGGCGUCCAUAGGACGGCUGGACACAACUCCAGCUAAAACCAUGGUUAGACUGCAUAAGUCCUUUCCAGCCAAGUCCUGGAAUUGAUCGACCCCUGUAAGCGUUUCUCAGAGGAUGACAUCGUGUACACUGCCCAAGACUGAGCCAGUUGGAGAUGACUUACAGUCGACUGCUCUUUGGUCAAGCGAUGAUGUGUAUGAUGAUUUGCUGGGUUUACAUUUGUCAUGCCUUCUAAUACUGUCAAUGCUUGAUGGUUGAUAAUAUUAUUUAUGUUGCGGUUAAUUUUUUAUUUUAGUCAAUUUUUGUUUUUCCUUCAUUUCAAAUUCAUCAGCAUACUGUACAUGUACACUACCAUACCCAAAAAUUAAUUAUAAUUAACAAAUAUUGCCAAAACCUGCCUUAUUUUAACUGCAACAAUUAUGUGUCAUUCAAAAGAGUGAUAAACGUGUCAUUGAACGGACAAAGGAUUACAGUGUCCUUGUAACAAGCAUACAUGAUGGUGUAUAUGAUUGUAAUUCAAUUGUUGUAAAAAGUAGAUUUUUGUUUUCAUGCAAUAUGGUGUUUUUGUUUGCAGUACUUUAUGCAAUGGUGGCAUUCUUUGCUUUUGUGCUCAUGCCUUUUAUGUACUUCUACUACGAAGAAAAAGAUGAAGAUGUGACAACAAAACAGGUAAAAGUGAAUUGAACAGAAAAACAGUAGAAAUUAAGUACAAUGUUCAACAUUGACUUGUGACUUGCAAUACUUUUUGCUAAAGAAGCUUUUGACCAUCAUAGCGGAGCUCCACCCACGCGCGAAGCGGGCUCGUGGGCAGAGCCCCAUAGCUAAGGAAAUGUGGUAAUCUACCGUUCCCAGAAAAUUUGGUAAUCACGUGACUGUACACCGAGCGAGCGAGCGACCGUCCGUCCGCACCACAGGCAUACCAAUGUAAAAUAACUCAAUCAACAGGUAUGGGAACCCAAAUGCAACUCAAGGUUUUAUUUGGAAGGAAAUCACAUGGCCGCGCGGACUUUUAGAAAGAAAAAAGUGGUGUCUUUUUCGGUGUUAUUUUUUAUGUGUACACUAACGUGGAUAACAGAGAAAGAGCUAGAGCGAGUUAUUAAAAAUUCAAAGGAAGAAAAACAUGAUAAUUCAAAGCGGCGAUGAGAAAAUGAGAAAUGUUAGCGGCCAGCAAGGUGAAAAUGAGCGGCAGUGAAGAUUAAAAGCGAACGUGAUGAACACUGGAAACAAAAUAUUGGGUAAGCACAUACGACAAUUUCUGCAUAAAAAUAGUGUGUAACUAGGAAGUUUGACGUUUUAGUCGUACAAAACAGCGUUGUAGUCGUGCAAAACAACGGCAAGGGAAAGACAAAAAAGCGUGCUGCACGUGCAAAUUUGUUUUUUGCUAAUUAGAAGAAAAAGUGUGCUGCACGUGCAAUUUGUUUUUUUGCUAAUUAGACCUAUUAGUCUUGAAGCCAUUUUCACUGUCGUCAGCUGACUCUGUUUAGCAUUACACGAUUUAAUUUUUUUGUUUACAUGUAUUGUUAACCAGAGCUUCGCUUUUAGCCCUGGCUAAAUCUAUAUAUUUACGGUGAUGUGAGGCACAUCAUUUACAUGUAAGUUUGCCAAACAAGUUGUCAAGUGCUAGUAUUGAGUGCUGGUUGUGCUUAUUUGCUGUCAGACUUCUCUUCUUUCUUUAGUCAAAAUGUGAACUUAGUUGUUGUCAAUUAAUCGUCUUGGUGUAUUACCAGAGCCCUUCAUAUAAAGUCAUGCAAAUCAUCUUAUAGCUACCUAUCUUUUAAAAAAAUAAAAGGUUAAAGGCUUGUUUAUAGUGGAAAUUGCACUUAGCUUGUCCAGCUCAUUUACAGGCACUCCACUCAAAUAUUUAGAAACAAAUAAUUCAAAUACAACAUAACAGGAUUAAAAACCCCAACUGGCAGAAGGCAACCAGUUGGCUAUUUACAAGCGUGGCCGAGAAUUUGAACUCGGGACGGCCGAGCACAAAUCCAGCAAGUGGCCAGAGCAGGACUCGAACCCGGGACCUCCGGAUUGCGAGUCUGACGCGCUGACCACUCGGCCAUGCUGCCUCCCUAUCUGUUAACAACUGAGUUAGAUAAUGUGCUGAUAUCACUAUUUCAUACACUUUGUGACAUUCAAGAACAGUUAUAUUAUACAUUAUUAUCCUUGAAUCAUUUCCUUUGGCUUUUAAAAGUGUUUAGGUGGGGACAGUACAGCGCAAUUUAGAAUCAUGUUUUGUUAUUUCUUUCUGGACUGAUUUAAUUCUGGCACUUACAAUGAUAUUAUUUUGAUUGUCCUGCAGAGAAUGUGCGGUGCACUGAAGUACACUAUUGGGUUUUUAAUAGUUGGUGUUGUUCUUCUUCUUGUUGGGUAAGCAUGAGUAUAAAUUAUAUAUUGUUAUUAACUGCAAAUCACACGACCACUGAAAUUAUGUAUUCUAUCACAUCUUUGAUGUAAAUUAAUUUUUGUGCUUGCAGAGCCUUUGCACCAUUGAAGAAACCUCCCAGUAACAUAACCCAGUGGAGUGAUAAAUUAAACUUCAUGAAAGAUGAACUAAAAGCUGGCAGUUAGUAAAAAAAAAAUUUUUGCAAACCUAAAUAUAGAAGGAUUCAUUAUAAAUAGGUCCCAAUAAAGUGUACGUGUUCCUCUUGUGAUUAGGUACAUGUACAUGUAGUUAAUUAUAUUAUGUCUGUUCUUUGCCUUUGUAACAUGUUAGUUUAGGGCCAUUUACACCCUCCUAUGAAAGUCAAGAAACAAACACUCUCACACUGUUUCUUAUUAUGCAUGCUCAACUCUUGUGCACAUGCUGAGGUCAUGUGAUAUUACACAGUCAACUCUCUCUAAGACGGACACCUUUGGGACCGGCACUAAGUGUCCGUCUUAGAGAGGUGUCCGUCUUAUAGAGAGUCAAAUAAAGGGAGUAAAGAAAGGCAGGGACCAACUCUAGGUGUUUGUUUUACAGAGUUGUCCGUCUUAUAGAGGUGUCCAUUAAGAGAGAGUCGACUGUAUGACAAAUGCAAAUGUGAUAAAAUGGAUUUAUUAAAUUUAUGCUGAAAACCUCGGCUUCUUGUCACCUUUUUUUUCUCGAAUAGCCUAUUGGCUGGCUAUCUUCUUAUGAUAGAGAUGGCAAAAAUAAAGAGAUGCAGUACAGUAUUUCUAGACACUUUUGUGUGCACAGAAGCAACACUUAUGUCGGGGAAAAUUUCUUAGUGCACCUAUUACUCUGUCUCAGGAGAACUGUGUUCAGCCACCUUAAAGCUUCAAUUAAUUAAAACCUUAUCUGGAUAGUUAUUCAUUUAAUGAUUGUAAUAUUUUUUUAGAUGGUGAGACAGCCUUGUCACUGCUCAUGGGAUUUCUUUCCUUCAUGGGAAUGAUGAUAAUGAUAACCUACACUGUAAGUACAGGGGCAUCACAUGAGAUUUCAGCGUGCAAAGAAAGUCGUGUCUGAUAGGCCAGGGCUAGUGGAUAUUGCUACCAGGCUAGUGAAUUCUGUUCUUAACUUGCCCAACGGGCUAGUGAAGUUCUUUGUGGAAUACAAAUUACAGAAGAACUGUGAAAUCAAUUCUGCUCAUCAAAAUGUUUUGGGGGCCAGUUGAAAUGAUGUUUGGGCUAGUAAAUGUUAGCUUCAGCUUGCCCGAAUGGCAAGCUGUAAAAAUGACUUUCUUUGCACCCUGGAUUUUGAAGGUUUAUGCACUCAAAGAAACAUAAUGGAGCCAAAGUAGCUGUGGAGGUAUACUCCCCCAGAAAAUUUUUCAGUGUAUGGUCUCAGAAAUGCCAUUUCCUAUGUUUUCUGCAGACAUUUUCAGGAAAUAAGUAUGAAAGAAAAUGCGGUGAGGGGGGCAGGAAAGAGUACAUUAAUUUUUAUUGUACAGUUUUCCAUUUUUGGAGUGAUAAAUGGAUAAAGGAAACACUGACACAAAGACGCCAAUAUAAUACAAAAAAAAUUUGCAGUCAUCCCAAUUAAAUGAUAAAAAUGCUUUCAGGAAAUACAAAAAUUAUUUUUCCAGAUUUCAGCUGUACGCAUGAGCAACAAUGUAUGUGGACGCUACUCUCACCUCCUUUGAUAUAAGUUCCAUUCUCUUCAUUUUUGCUGGCUUAAUCAUUGCUAUCCAAGCCUAUAUGAUUUUGUUUUCUGUUUAGGCAUAUGGCAUGACAGCUCUACCUUUCUCAAUGUUGAAAGGAUUCAAGAAUGCCAAGGUAAAGCCAAACCUACUUCAUUUAUUCGAAAAAUCUUUCAUUUGUUUGUGAAAAACAGCGUCCAAGUCAGUGAGUUGAAAUGGCCACUGUUCUGGUGUUUAAAAGUUGUUUUGUUUGCUUUCAUUUUAUAACCAAAUUCACUCAGAUUCAUGCUGAAAAAAACCUUAAAAUUAAAAUGCCUAUAAAAUUGUUAGAUUUGAAUCUUUUUACAUCUUUGGCUUAUGAUUACUCUUCUCAAGCGUACAACUUAUUUACAUUGUACAAAGCUAACUUCUUGGGUAGUGUGGUUGUACUUGCUUAUUAAUUUAUGUAUCAAUUGACAGAUUUAUCUGCUCAGAGGUUUACAGUGUGAUUAUUAUAAUUAACAAUUAUUCUUUGAAAUCGAGGUGAAUAGUGGCAAAAUAUUUACCGAGCCGCGAAAGCGGCGAGGUAAAUAUUCCCAAAGCCACUAUUCACCGAGAUUUCAAAGAAUAAUUGUUAAUUAUAAUAAUCACACUGUAAACCUCUGAGCAGAUAAAUCUGUCAAUUGAAUUUUCUUCUUAGAAAACGCUGAGUUCACGAAACGGCUUCUUCUACGCGAAUACACGGGAGUUGUAAACAAUCCAUCGAGCACAAAACUCCUGCUACAGUAAAUUGAAAAACGCCGUAUUGAAUCCUUCCAAGUCUUUUCUUGCCUUAAAAAAAGUCAGCCCUAGGAUUUUGUCAACUUUUAAAAGAUCGUUCUCUAAAAAAAAACGGGAAAAACACCGAGCUCACACAUUAUCCACUCGCUAGGAGGUGAAUAUUGUUGAAUAGUCCGAGAUAGCGAACCAAUCAGAUUGCUUAAAUCACCAAGAUCACUGAGUGUGUAUAUACUAAUUAUGAAUGUUUUAUAACUGUCAGAAAGAAGAGUUAGAAGUAAGUCAGAGUCAUGAAUCAGUGCAAGAACGUGCCCGUAUGAUCCGUGCCAAGUACACAAGUGGUCGCACAGUGUCUGGGCGUGAUCGCAGGCUUCUUGCACGUCUUGAAGGAGAGGAAAGGUUGCUUUUAAGAAGAGAGAGACAUUUACAGGCUGCUAACCUAAGCUGGCUUAACAAGUGUCUCAGAUGUUGCCGGCCAUUUGAAGUCAUCUUUGGGGUUUUCUUCCUGUUGUUUGGUUUACUCAUUUUUGUCUCCUUGUUUCUCACAUGGUAAGUUAAUAUUAUGUACAGGACAAACUUAGUGAUGUGGUCUGUGGAACCAACCUCAUGAUCUUUACAAACUCAGGGUCCGAAAUUAACUUUUUCAUGUGGGCGCCAACUGGUGAACUGGUGAGCAAUUAUAAAUUAUUGGUCGCCAGAGAGUAAAUUAUGGUCGCCAAAACUUCCCCAUGGCGGCUUGGAAACGUGCAACUCGUGUUGAUCGUAACUGUUGUGAAGGUAUCAGGAAGAUUCGUUUCACUUUUAGAUUAAACAAAUAUCAGCAGGACAAAAAGUACGACACCUGUUGGCAAAUAGCUUCGAGGUUUUAAUUGUUAAUCAUUUUGUCAGAACGUGAAAGUUUACAAUGACAACCAGCUUUACAAGUCGCCAGCUGGCGACCAGUUAUGAAAUUCUGGUCGCGAGAACUGAAUUUUUGGUCGCAUUAGCAACCAGGAAGGCGCAAUUUCGGACCCUGCAAACCCUGAAAAGUCCCUGAACAUAUCUGUAUCCAUUGUUGUUAUCAUCCUGCUCCUUGUCAAUGAAGUCCAUAGAUUAGAAUUGCAUUAACUCCAUAGAAGUUGACUGAUCUCCAUAGAAGUUACUGAACAAAUUAAAUUAAAUUCAAACAUACAGAUACAUAUAAACAUCCUCUGCUCACAUAUAGCUAAUAAAAGGAAAAGGAAGAUAUAUAAAGGACACAAGAAGAUGGAGCUAAUGUAAAGAUGCCUUAACUUUGUCUUUAGGGAGUACUCAGAUACUAUGAGGAAUACUGUUCCAAAUUCUUGCACCAAAUCUAGAAAAUGAAUACUUUGAAUGAUUUGUUCUGGAAUAUUUAACAGUAGUAGUUAAUAUUUUACAGAAGAAUCUCAGCUUUUUUGUGACCAUGUCAUCAAAGCUGUCACUAAAAUUUCAAGUUGCCAGAUAAUAAUACAAGUAGGUAGGUCAAUCAAACAGCUUGGGAUUGUUUUUGGUUCCAUGGGGUCAUGUUUAUAAUAGGCAGGGGAAAUCCCCAUCCCCUGGCCCUUAUUAACAGUCCUGUAACAUGUGACCAGUUUAUAAUACUGAGCACAUCCUUUUGGAUUCACUGUAUCCAGAAAUUCUAUUUUCUUUUUUCUGGUUCUUUCUUAUUGUUUCAGCCUUGACAAAGCCUUAAAUUCACUGGGCUACAAGUUUGGCUAUGCACUCCUCAAGCCUCAGCUACCCAAUCCCAUCAAUAUUGUCAUGGUAUAUGCACAGAGGGUAAGCAUAAAGAGUGUUGUCAUUAUUUUUAAAAAAGGAAAUUAAUAAUGAUUUUAGAAUUUUGAGGUAAACAUUUUAACAAUACAUACAGUAAGGACAUGUGGUUAAAAUUAACACUACUGUGACCCUCCAGUUCCAAGUCAAAUUGGAUCAGGCAUGUCAUUCAAUUUUUUUUUCAGGUGUUUCCGUUGGAUUAUUGCUUGUUUGUUGCCAUUGUUCUGUACUUCUUGUACUGUACCAUGUCUGGUAUCAGGGCUAUAGGAAUCCGCUGCUGCUGGAUCAAAGUAUCUUUUUAAAAUGACCUUAGAUUAAACAGCACUUAAUAAUGUACAUCGCAUAUAUGCAUAUUGUUAAGCUUUUUUAGGUUCCAUUCCGAUCGAAUCUUCUUCCAGUAAUGCUAUUUGUUGGUCGACUGUCACUUAACUGUUGGCCAACUGUUUACUAACAGUCCUUCGUUUGACAUUUUAUUGGAGGGCUUUUCUUCACUUUUACCUUAGUGGUACAGUGGAACCUCUCCAUUAGGAAACCUCUAUUCAAGGGACACCUCUAUUCAGGGGACACAAAAGUUUGGUCCCGGAAAAAUGUUCACAUAAUCUUUGUAUCUGUUACCUCAUCUGUUGAAGGGACCUCUAAUCAGGGGAAAGAGACACUUUUCUCUGAGUCCCAAAACCUGGGUUUAACCUCCAUUCAGGGGACACCUUAGCACCCAAAGUUACUGACCACAACAGAGAGGGUUGGUAACUUUAAGUGUUCAAUAAUAGCUUGCACAAACUGAAGUAUCUUUCUUAAAUCAAUGUACUGCACUUGUUGAAAUUCACCAUGCAAUAUCGCAGAGAUAAGUUUAUCAAGAAUUUUUGUACAUUAUUAUAGAUUAUUUUGGAGGUGUCAACCUUUUGAGUUUGAAAAUCUGGAAACUCUAUCUUGUGCAUUACCCCCCCCGCCCCCCACUUAUUAACACCAAUCAACUGAGUCCCCAAACUUUAACAUGAUCAUGGCAUAGGACAUGAUAAUAAUGUAGUCCAGUGAUUUGUUAUAAAUAAGUUAUGCUGACUCCUGGGACUCAUCUUGUGAAAAAUCAUGAGUCCCAGUCCAGAGUUAAAAAUAAAAGUCUGAAAUUGAUGUUAUUAGCUUGGGCCUUUACUUAACCAGACCGUGAAUCUGAAGACAGACUCCAAAACUCUUUGAUAUGUAUUACAGCAUGCUGAAAUUAAAGUAUUGUCCUUCUAUUUUAAAGCACAAUAGAGGCUAAAAAAAAUAUGCAUCGUUGAACAACUACGCUAUACAGCCAUAAUAACGACCACAGAAAUUACACAAACGGGAUAUUCCUACAAAUACACAUGUCCAGAUCACUUGAUUGCUCUUUGGGUCCUACUAUACGGGAUGGAUGCAAUAAAUUAUUUUGCGUCUCUGGGUAACAAAAUCACUGGUAGUCUUACAUGAAGUUAGUCAGUCAAAAUUAAUUUUGCUUUAAUGAUUGCGAUGACCAUAAAAACUUUGUCAGUGCUAAGAUAUUAUGAAAAGUUCCUCCAGAAACUUUACUAUAAUAAAAAAAAAAAAUCUCUUUCUUCGGGAGAAAACACCCAUAACUUCACUUUAUAGCAUAAAUGUUAAUCUUAGCCCUUCUCGAAUACAUUAGCUCUACAGCUACUCUGUAAAUUUCGAGCAUAAUUAAAGUAUAAUUAUGUUUGUAUGUAUGUUAUUAUUUUAAACCACCAAUCCAAAGUACCUUCCCUAUGAACCAUCCUUGACUUGUUUAAAAGCUUUAUAAAAUACGUGCUCGCAAAACUAUGCCACAGGCUCUGCUGUUCCUGAUUCUGAUGCUUAUGCUAACCAUGUUGUUCUUGAACAUCAUGUUGUUCACUCUGGCACCACAGUAUGUCAUGUAUGGCAGCCAGCAUUAUAUGAAAGUAAGUUACAAGUAAACACUGGUCAAUACACCAGAUACACCAUGGGAUAGUACCAUGUAUUACAUAAAGUAUUAGUUCAAACCACAAAAAAAGGCUGGGCAGUUUAUUUAUCAACAACCUCCCCUUUAAGACCUGGUGUUUAUUCAGGGCCCGGUGUUUAAUCAGGAAAAUACAAUAAAUAUUUAAAUUAUUUUAUUGUGUUUUCAAAAAAUGUAUUGCACAGUGGAAGCUCUUAGAACAAACGCCACUGAAUCGUAGCCAACAGUUACCAGUACGACUUAUUGACGAGAUCAAGCAAAACUAACUACGAGAGAACUACUGGAGAACUGACAAUUUGACUAAAAAUAGAUGACUGUUUGACUGUGACAAUAGACGGAUCGAAAUGCACCAAUUACUAAUUACGAGUCUUCAUAGCCAAAACCAUCAACUGACGUGAUUAAACUCACUUUGACUCUGAAGACGACUACCGCAGUGGAAGCUCUUGUAAGCGGACACCCUCAAGACGUGAAAAAGGUGUCUGUGCCGCUUACAAGAAUGUAAAAAAUAGAGAUUUUUAAGGGGAGUUGAGAAAAACGGUGUUUUGUGAAGGUAGCCGUAAGUAGAGCUUUCCAUUUAUGAGAGUGUCCGUUAGGAGAGCUUCAACUGUAUUUUCUUGACUUAAGACAAAAAAGCUGUCUGCGUCCAUAACUUACCUGUACCUACCACCUGUUUGGGUUGGAAGGUAAAAACAAUCACUGCAUCUUAUAGCAAAUUUUAGUUAUUUAAAUACAUUAAAUUAAAAUUGUUUUCUGUGUGUUGUCUCUUAAGACUAAUGAUACUGCUCAUCCCGAAACAACGGUCACUCCACUUAAUGGUACACUGCUUGGAAUUGCAACUACCCCUACUCCACAGCCAAUUCCACAUAAUAGCACAGUGCCUGGAAAUACAACUACCCCGAUUCCACAGCCAACUGCUUCUGCACAAACUGAAGUCUGUGCCACUGAUGCACCAGUUGGUAAGUAUAUAUACAAAUGUGUGAGUCUAAAGUACUCAAGGAAUCACCUUGCUAAAUUUACUUGUGAUUUUAUGGUCAUACUUCUAUAUUCAAAAGCAAGAGCUUUAAAAAAACACUGCUAAUGGGAAACCAAGAACACUUUGAGUCAGUAGGGGUUCAAGUUCAGUGGCGGAUCCAGGGGAGGGGAGGGUUAGCCUAACCCUUAUCUAAGGAGCUGGAGGACCACCUCCCCCACCCCACCCCCCCUAAUCUCAAGGUCUGGAUCCGGCACUGGAGUUACAGGGUACAUUUAACAUUUAUAGGGAGUUUGAGAUAUCACGACGGCGACAGACAUGACAAUGUUGCUUAAAAAGUGAAUUUGCGUUCUUUCAAUCUCUAUCGCGAUUACUCCGACUCAUUUACUUUGUCAAAUGCAAGCAACUACUCUUUAUCUCAUCUUUAUUAUAGGUAAAUGUAUUAUGACAAGAGCUGCUGUGUUCCUAAACAGAUUUUUCUACAAAGUGUGGUUCUUCGGUGCUUGUUAUUACUGGGGAACAUGGCUCUUUUUGGUGGUGAGUGGGACUUCUUUGCAUUGAUUGUUUUAAAAAACUCUAAUCAUUGGAGACCUGUACUUGCCUAACGCAAAGUUGGAACCUAUUAUCAGGCAUGCUUCUUCCCUUGUUCUUUGUAUGUGAUCGCACGUUAACUGUGUUAUUGUAUCCCAAGUUUGCGCCAGUCUGUUUCACAGGAACUUACAGUCUGGGCCAGGUUGUUCAAAGCUGGGUUAAGACGGUCCAAAACUAUUUACAUGCGUGUUGGUCAUGUUUUUUAUUCGAUUUGAACAAUUCAACCUAUUUCUAUGAUUUUUGGCAUCCUUAAUAAAUCGUGAAGGAACUUUAAGAAAAUGUUAUUUAUUUUCUUGUAGUUAUAAAAACCUUGGAGAUAUUGGCAUACCGUAAAAUUCUGAAAAUAAUCCCCUCCAAAUGUAAGCCCCCCAAACUGAUAACGCAAAAAACCCCCCAUUAAAUCGCCCCUCCAAAUAUAAGUCCCCUUGGGGCUUGUACUUGGAAAUUACCCUUAACCCAUUCGCUCCUGGAGAUUUUGCCGAAAAACGCGUUUUGAAGCUAGUCGAGUGGUUUUCUGGUCACUGUUGUGCUAUAAAGAGCUAAAACUUACCACAAACCGGUUUACAGGUCGUACACUUGGCGGCCUUCUGAUCCAGAUGCAGAAUAUCUGCUUGCGAAGUUCGGGCAUGCGCAGAAAGCAAAAUUUCGAGAUAGUUUUUGGGUUUAAAAGUGACACAGCAGUCUUGACUUUUACUUUUCGCUUUCUCUCCUCCCUUCUUUUUUCGCUUUUCUUGCCUCAUUUUUUUUUUUCUCUUUGCUGGGCCUUUAGUAGGCUUCAUUUUGGUGGGAAGAGUUUUUAGGAAAGCUUUUAGGAUCUUAGGAUUAGGUGAAAGGAAAGGUAGGUGGGUAAUGGAACAAGAUUUUCAUGGAGAUUUUCAGGUCCUUGUCACGUGGUUUUUUGCUUCUUUCUCCGGUGUCCUUGACCUAAUUGUGCUCAUUCUGGUAUGGUUUGAAAGAUCUCUUCACUCUGCACAAGUUAGCGAAGAAAGUUGUCCUUGACCGUUAAAACUGAUGACGUCACAAAGGGUAGAAAGGACCUGGAUCCGCACGGGCGGUUACAGGCGGUUCAGGGGCAAAUGGGUUAAUCAAAAAACCUAAAAAUGGUCUUUUACCAACUUUUUCACCUGAUUUUACAUGAAAUAGACAGAUUUGGUUGUUUUAUGCUGAAAAGUGGAUUUUUUUCAAAAAGCUUGGUACUCUGCUUAACUCAUUCGCUCCUGGAGAUUUUGCCAAAAAAUGCGUUUUGAAGCUAGUCGAGUGGUUUUCUGGUCACUGUCGUGCUAUAAAGAGCUAAAACUUACCACAAACCGGUUUACAGGUCGUACACUUGGCGGCCUUCUGAUCCAGAUGCAGAAUAUCUGCUUGCGAAGUUCGGGCAUGCGCAGAAAGCAAAAUUUCGAGAUAGUUUUUGGGUUUAAAAGUGACACAGCAGUCUUGACUUUUACUUUUCGCUUUCUCUCCUCCCUUCUUUUUUCGCUUUGCUUGCCUCAUUUUUUUUUUCUCUUGCUGGGCCUUUAGUAGGCUUCAUUUUGGUGGGAAGAGUUUUUAGGAAAGCUUUUAGGAUCUUAGGAUUAGGUGAAAGGAAAGGUAGGUGGGUAAUGGAACAAGAUUUUCAUGGAGAUUUUCAGGUCCUUGUCACGUGGUUUUUUGCUUCUUUCUCCGGUGUCCUUGACCGUUAAAACUGAUGACGUCACAAAGGGUAGAAAGGACCUGGAUCCGCACGGGCGGUUACAGGCGGUUCAGGGGCGAAUGGGUUAAAUACAAAGUAAAACAAAGCAAAAACAAUAAAUUUCCUUCCAACUAUAAGGCUAGCCCAAUCUAUUUUGAAACGCAAAUUUCCCUCCGUAGAUAAGCCCCUCCGAAUAUAGGCCCCUCCAAAAAUGAGCCCCUCAAAAAGGGCCUUUGAAAAAUAUAAGCCCCGGGGCUUAUUUUCGGAAUUUUACGGUAUAUUUAAAACCGCAUUUUAAUGAAAAAUGUUAUAAUAAUGAUUUCGAAAUCCUACAACAGCUUUUUCUCUAACUUCAGCAAAUAAGCCUCGGAGCUCACUAGUUUUAUAUCUGCAAGUUUGAAGUCAGUCGUGUCCGUAGAACUUGCUGCUCAAAUUUAACCUUAAUAUGCUAUGCGGUGGGUUUCUGCAUGAUUACUCAGUUUCUUGCACUAAAGCUUUAGGUAAUGAAUACCCUCUCAGAUAGGAGAUAGUCUUUUGGCACUCUUCCUGUUUUUGUGUCAACUUUCACAAUGUUAGCAUAGCAUUUGAAGGUUAAAUUUGACUAACACUUUGUGUAGCGAGUUCUACGGUCACAAUUGAUUUCAAACUUGCAGAUGUAAAACUAGGAGCUCUGAGGCUUAUUUUGCUGAAGUUAGGGAAAAAUCUGUUGUGGGAUUUUGAAGAUUUUUUAUACCUACAAGAAAAUAAAUGACAUUUUCUUAAAGUUCCAUCAUUAUUUUAUUAAGGAUGCAACUGGUAGUUUCUUAGUGUUUUUGAUGGCUACAAUCACUUAAUGACGUAAUACAAAAGACUGAAAAGACAUGGAACAAUACCCUCACCAAAAUGACAAGAGCAAACUAAGAAUAGUUUCUGCAACACACCAAGAAACAGCCAGACAACUGUGCCCUGUACAUUGUUGUGGUAACUUAUGCUUUCAGUUAAUAGUGUCUUGCCAUCCUUACAAUCCAAUGGCUAUUUUUACCAACAGGUGUACAUUAUAGGACUAUGUGUUUCAAUAGCUAAGAAACGCAAGUCAGUGGUGGAUGAGGAGCUGGACUCCAGUGAUUAUGACUCAGAUGAGGAUUUGGUGUCUGCUUAAUUUACUGACUACACCCUUGGACUCUUCAACAGUGCAAGCCUCCUUUAAGGGAGUAGUUUGAGUCAGAUCGUCGCAUAAUUAUCUUGUGCAGUACCACAAUUAUUACACUUUGAACAUUGUGCGCUAAAUUGGAGUAGAUUAAUAGUAUCAGCACCAGCACAUCUUGAGGUUCGUGUACAAAAAUGAUACAGCAUUUUCUUGUAUGUUCUCAUGUAGCCUUUUUUUAAAUUUAAUAAGAGCAUGGUGUUGCUCUUUUGGUCAAUUAGAACAAUCGGUAGAUACAGAAGGCACAUUUUAGGUAGAAGCUUUAGUGCACUUCUGAAACUAAAACAUCCUUUUCUACUCUAUAUCCUGACAAAACAAACUUUCCUUAUAAAAAGCGGAUUCAGCCUCUGUAUGCUUUACACCAUAAUAAAAAGGUGCUUAUAAGAAAAACAUGUACACAGUCUUGUUCAUUUGAAAGCAUGCACCUUACAUUGUACAUCAAUACCAUGUGCAUUAUCAUGGCAUAUCUUGAAAUUUUAUUUGUUACUGGUGCACUGCCAAGUGAAAUGAGCAUUUGUAUAUUCAGGAUGAUUCAUUUGUGGUAUAAGCGAGUAGCCAUCGCACUUGCCUGCUGGAAUUUUUUAUUAUUUUUGACAAUAGAAAAAUCCAAUGGGAUAAUGGUAAAUUGUUGUGUAAGUAGCCAAAUGUCUAUUGUUUUAGUUAUGAUUAACUGCUAACAAGGACUGUACAGGUCAUCCGCUUCUGUCUGUAAUCAUCCGGCUGAAUCAGUACUGUUGUGUUCAAACAAAUCAGAUUUUGAGUAAGUACUCAAGUGAUUAGAGACUGAAUUGGACUCCAAUCAGUCCUUUAAAUUAAAAUCCAAAAUAGUAAUAUUGUACAAAAAAUGGAAACUUAGGUGUAAUGUUGUGCUAGGGAAGUUUACUCAAUAUUUAUUGCUAAAAGAUAUUGUGGCAUCUGAUGUCUAUAGAACCUUAAACAAUAGUGUUUAGAUUAAGAACUGUUUGAUAGCAAAAUAAGGAACAAAAGAUUCAUAAUUCUUGUGAUGAUAAUUGGUUUAAUAGUUUAUACAAUUUGUGAAAGUUUUCCCAUUUUUGUAGUUAAUACAAAUACAACGUAUAAUAAGUCCAGUUGAAAGCAAACUGCAAAGACAUUAAACAAGGAAAAUUACUCAUGAGACUGGACGUGUGGACACUUCAGUAUCACUAUCAAUGCUUUCCUGCAUUUGUAGAGUAAGCGUUUUCAAAAGGUAUGUAUUUUUGCGUGUAUUGAAGUUGUAAGUUCACAUUUUUUGUUGAAAUGUGCAAGCAGAGUCUUAUAAGUCAUUAUUCAACAUCAUACAUGUAAACUAACAGUAAUAACUGUAGUACUGAAGGAAAUGUGUUGUAAAAGUAGAUUUGUAUGAAAAAAUAAAUAAACUUUUCAACUGAUAAUCUUU